CACACACACGUUGGGUUUUGCGUUGAAGGCAUUGGGAAGCCUUAAUUUUUGAGGAAGAAAAUGAAAAAGAAGUGCGUUUCAGGAACAUUAACGUGGCAGCAGUGUUGAGGUCAAGGAGGAUAACUCGAUUAUUGCUGUAGUACACAAAAGCUAGUAAAGACCUGAGUUUGAGUCUAGCGGUGAAGUGAGAAGCAGAGGCACCCGUGGCAGAUGUUGUGGAGUCCGCGCCCCGGGAAAGGCCUGCUGCGGGUUUGUGUGUGAGGAGUGGGGCGACUCCGUGAGGGACAGAUCUAGGCCUCAGACCUGCUUAACAGACUUGUCAUUCGUUAAAGCAAGUGCCCGACAAGGAGAUAGGGGGAGACUCUCAUAAUCUCAAUGUUAAUCGUACCUGAACUUGAGAUGGCUUUAGGACAACCAAGUAGGCUAUCUACUAAGCAGGUGGGAAUGCGGGAUUCGCGCUUGAGAGAGACUGGAGUGCGGACAGACUUGAAGUCCUUCCCUAGAGGUGGUGGUUGAAAAUGUGCAUCCGUUAGAUUGCCAAGGAAGAAGCUGGUAGCAGAACUAAAGGAGACAGACACGGACAGAUACGUAGGCAGUGCCAAGAAUCGGAGAGACGAUGAGCCAGAGGAACAGGAGGAAAGCGGAGUCAGCGUAAUAGAACCCCAGGAGGAGGAGGCUUUUUGGAAGAGGACGUGGGUAAUGUGUAUUCAGCUGGCCAGCAUUUACUGAGUCCCUGCUGCCUCCCGGGCACUCUGCUGGACACACACACACCGUGGUCGGUGAGACCAGCCCCGUGCUGGCCCUCACAGAAUUGUGUUCUGGGGAAUGUGCAGAAGAUGAGACUUGAAGGAUGAACACGAUGGGUUAUGGGACACUCUCUACUGAAGUGCUGGUGUGAGAAAGAGUGUGAUAUGUCGAAGGACUUGAACUGUUUGCAAUGGCUGCUACUGUGAACUUGGAACUUGAUCCCAUUUUUUUGAAAGCACUAGGCUUCUUACAUUCAAAGAGUAAGGAUUCUGCUGAAAAGCUAAAGGCAUUGCUUGACGAAUCUUUAGCUCGAGGCGUUGAUUCAAGUUACCGUCCAUCUCAAAAGGAUGUGGAGCCACCCAAAAUUUCAAGCACAAAAACUAUUUCCAUUAAGCAAGAGCCCAAAACGUCAUCCAGUCUCCCUUCUGGCGGUAGUACUGGCAAGGUCCUCUCAACAGAGACGGCCAGGAAGGAAGCUGAGAAGAGGCCUGCGGAUAAGAUGAAGUCUGACAUCGCUGAAGCAGUUGAUCUUCCAAAGAAACCUAGACUGGAGAAGCCAGAGACACGGUCCUCUCCCAUUACCGUGCAGACCAGCAAGGACUUAGCUAUGGCUGACCUUUCCAGUUUUGAGGAGACGAGUGCUGACGAUUUUGCUAUGGAGAUGGGCUUGGCCUGUGUUGUUUGUCGGCAAAUGACGGUGGCAUCUGGUAAUCAAUUAGUGGAAUGUCAGGAGUGCCACAAUCUCUACCACCAAGAUUGCCAUAAGCCCCAGGUGACAGACAAGGAAGUGAACGACCCUCGCCUUGUGUGGUAUUGUGCUCGAUGUACUAGACAAAUGAAGAGAAUGGCUCAAAAAACUCAGAAACCACCCCAGAAACCAGCCCCCACCGUUGUUUCUGUAGCUCCAGCUGUCAAAGACCCGUUGAUUAAGAAACCAGAAACUAAACUCAAACAAGAGACAACUUUUCUAGCAUUUAAGAGAACGGAAGUCAAGCCAUCCACAGUUAUUUCAGGAAAUUCUUCUAGUACCAGUGUUUCCUCUUCAGUAACUAGUGGCCUAACUGGAUGGGCAGCUUUUGCAGCCAAAACUACUUCUUCUGGUCCAUCAACAGCAAAAUUAAGUUCAACGACCCAAAACAAUAGUGGGAAACCUGCUACCUCAUCAGCUAACCAGAAGCCUGUGGGUUUGACUGGUCUGGCAACCUCAUCCAAAGGUGGAAUUGGUUCCAAAAUAGGUUCCAGCAACAGCGCUGCACCAACUGUACCAUUGAAACCACCACCACCUCUGACUUUGGGCAAAACUAGCCUCAGUCGCUCUGUUAGUUGUGACAAUGUUAGCAAAGUAGGUCUUCCUAGUCCAAGUAGCUUAGUUCCAGGAAGCAGCAGCCAACUGAGUGGGAAUGGAAAUAGUGGGACAUCAGGGCCUGGCGGAAGUGCCACCAGCAAAACCACCUCGGAACCGAGCAGCUCUCCCUCCGCGUCCCUUAAAGGUCCAACUUCCCAGGAGUCACAGCUCAAUGCCAUGAAGCGAUUACAGAUGGUCAAGAAGAAGGCCGCCCAGAAGAAACUCAAGAAGUAAUGUGGCCAAGCAGGUUUUUAUAUCAUGUUACCCUAAAGAUUAAAAUCUUAUUAUUAGGACAUAAACUGUCGUACACUAUAAUUUAAUAAAAAUCUUCAUAAUGAAAUUUCUAUUAUUUCUUACCUUAAAAUACUAAAUGUUAUUUGACAGAACUUGGAAAUCUUUGGUAUUUUAAAUCUGUUUAAUGUUUUUAUUUUAACAAUUCCCAUACUGUGAGUGAAAACAAUGAUUAGAAUGACUAAUUCUUUUUUUUUGGUGAGGAAUAUCAGCCCUAAGUUAACAUCUGCUGCCAAUCCUCCUCUUUUUGCUGAGGAAGACUGGCUCUGAGCUAACACCUGUGCCCAUCUUCCUCUAUUUUAUACGUGGGGCGCCUGCCGCAGCAUGCCUUAAUGAGCGGUACGUAGGCCUGGGCCCAGGAUCCGAACCUGAGAACCCUGGGCUGCUGAAGCGGAGCACUCAAACUUAACCGCUACGUCACUGGGCCGGCCGCUAGAAUGACUAAUUCUUGAUGAGAACUUCCGGAAUCCCAGAAGACUGGUAGCAUAUAUGAAUUUAAAAAAAAGGAGUAGUUCCUCUUUUAGCAAAGCCCAAGGAUUGAUCCUGCUGAAUAAGGUGCCUUACAAGGUGGCAGGAUGACCCAGUACAAAGUUUUCUACUUUCCCUCCAAUAUUCUGGAUAUUCAAUGUCCAUCCCCAGCCUCAUUUCAAUUGAUUCUCCCUCUCCACCGAAAUAGUUCAUCUCCCCUUUUUCAAAAUUAAUUUUUCAUAAUUGAUUUCUCAUACCCCUGUAUUAUGUCUUUACCUUUUUCACCACCUGUAUCAAUUAUUUAGGGAUUUAUCUCUUCAAAUAGAUUGUGAACGCCUGCACCCUUUUAAUGCAACACUUUUCUCACAUUGCCAGUGUAACAUAUGCACAUAGUAUAUACUUAAUAAAUGUUGAAUUGUGAUUUA